AUGAGAACUGUUGCCCGCUAUAUUUUCCUGAUUCUUGGUAUUUCGCUGUAUCUGUUUCUGUUUUUCAACGAUUUGUCAUCGGAAGAGAGCGAAAAGGAAGAUGUCUCAGCUUUUGAAGGAUAUGCAGAGUUGGAAGAAGAGGUGGUGCCGGAAGUGCGGCCUUCACAGUGCGCUAUGCAUUCAUGUUUUGACUAUUCAAAAUGCAGAUCUGGACUUAAAGUCUAUGUCUAUCCUGAUGUAGAAGGCUUGGUACCCUCUGAAGCAUAUAGAAAGAUCCUCACAGCUGUUCGAGAAAGGUGCGGUUUUCAUGAAUUUCCCAUCGAAUAAUU